UUUAACAACACUCGAUUUUUUUAAUUUAUGCAGGCUUGUAACGAAAUAAUGUGAAGUUUAUGAGAUAAUUUACAGUGGUUUGUACAUAAGUAUUUAAAUGGAUAACAUGUAACACUUACAGUCUUCACAACAUGAGUAGGCUCAAGAUUUUAUUUAUAGAUGCAUUGUUGUGUUUGCUUGGCACAAGUGCAACAGCAACAUCUCAUGUUACUGUUCAUCAAGGAGAUAUUUUACCACACCACGGACGAUGCGAACCAAUAACGAUACAAUUUUGUCAAAAUCUACAAUACAAUCAAACGAUAUUUCCAAAUUUAUUACACCACGCGAGACAAGAAGACAUCGGUAAUGAAUUGUAUCAAUUUACUCCUCUCAUUAAACUGAACUGUUCUCCAGAUUUAAAGUUCUAUCUGUGCUCUGUUUAUACACCGGUGUGCACUAUUCUGAACAAUCCCAUACCACCAUGCCGUCAAUUGUGCGAAUCUGCCAAACAGAAUUGUGUCGGGAAAGGAGUUCCUUGGCCUGACAAUUUGGACUGCUCAAAGUGGCCUAUAUCGAAUGGAAACGAACCAUUAUGCGUCGGAUAUAACAAUGUCACUCAUGAAUCUCACAAACCUUCUGGAGUUAGGCCUUCUAAAGUAGAUUACAAGUCUACUGAUAUUGACAUAGACCCGACCAAGUUAGAUGGUGCAAAAGAUUAUGGAUUCGUUUGCCCAAUUCAAUUUAAGAUUCCAAAAAAUUUCGAUUUGGAAUACGCAUUGAAAGUGGGCGAAAAAGUGGAAUAUGAUUGUGGAGCACCUUGUAAUGGAAUGUUUUUCAGUGAAGAGGAAAAGAACUUCUCAAGAAUGUGGAUUGGAAUAUGGGCAUCUCUUUGCACAAUAAGCUGCUUAUUUACAGUCUUGACAUUUUUGAUUGACACUGAUCGUUUCCGCUACCCAGAGAGACCUAUUAUAUUUCUAUCAGUAUGUUAUCUGAUGGUGGCCACUGCAUAUGUCAUCGGGUGGAGCUCAGGUGAUAGCGUGAGCUGCCAGGGACCCUUUACAUCCACACUCAGUGGGGCAAUAUUACCUAACAUCACAGUGAUAACACAAGGCACAAAACAUGAGCCAUGCACAAUCCUUUUUAUGAUUGUUUACUUUUUUAGCAUGGCUUCAAGUAUCUGGUGGGUUAUAUUGACCCUAACUUGGUUUUUAGCUGCUGGUUUAAAAUGGGGACAUGAAGCUAUUGAAGCAAAUUCACAAUAUUUUCAUUUAGCUGCAUGGGCAGUUCCAGCAAUUAAGACAAUAUCUAUUUUGGCAAUGGGCAAAGUUGAUGGUGAUGUGUUGUCUGGUGUGUGCUAUGUUGGACUGUGGGAUGCUGAAGGAUUAAGAGGUUUUGUACUGGCACCGUUGUGUGUGUAUCUAGUGUUGGGUACCAUUUUUCUUCUGGCAGGCUUUGUUUCACUCUUUAGAAUUAGAACAGUAAUGAAACAUGAUGGAACUAAAACUGACAAGUUAGAAAAGCUAAUGAUAAGGAUUGGAAUAUUUGGGGUCCUCUACACUGUACCUGCCUUGAUUGUGAUAGCUUGUUUAUUUUAUGAGCAAGCAUAUUUUGAUAGUUGGAUGAUGACUUGGCAUAGAGACAUGUGUUCCUCACCUCUUUAUUCAAUUCCGUGUCCAUUUACCCACACAGAAGUGGAGAGACCUAAAUUUGAGAUGUUUAUGAUAAAGUAUCUCAUGACUAUGAUUGUUGGUAUUACGUCUAGUUUUUGGAUCUGGUCUGGAAAAACUCUGGUAUCUUGGCGUCAAUUCUUUGACAGAAUAAAAGGCAGAAGGGUAGAAGCCUAUGUGUAACUAAUGUGUUCUUAUUUACAAAAAACUUAAGUUUAUGUUCAAUUAAGUGCAUAUCUGAAAAUCCUGUCAGCUACAGGCUACAGCAUUUACAUCUACGGUAAUGAUUUGUAUUGUUAGUUAAUGAGGUAUUUAAUAUUUUAAGUACCUUUAUUUACAUGACAUAAUAAUUAGAGAUGUGCCGAAUAGUCAGUAAAGCAGACUAUCCGGCCACUUUUGUAGUCGGCAAGAAGCGCCAACUAAUCGGCUUUUUUCUUUUUUGCUAUUAUUGAAAUUACAUAAAAAAAAAACCUUGAUUAUUAUUUAUAAUGUGUUCAUUGUUCAUUCACACUUAAUCAGUGUUACACAUUUUUAAAUUUAAUGAAG